GGGUGGAAAAUCAACUUAUUUAGUUCUUUUUAAUGUAUAUAUUUAUUUAAGAAAUUACUUUUUAAUAUAAUGAUAAAUGGUGCCAAGUUUUUAUAUACAUAUAUAAAGAAUACCGAAACAACCAAUAAAAAAAAGAGAAAAACAAAAACAGAAGAAAGUUGUCAUUAAUUUUUAAAAAAUUAACUUGCGAGUUACUGCACUUUAAGCUUAAAAAAGCUAAAAAAUAUGUAGAUUUUUCGCGUCUUUUUCCCUCAUAAUUUUCCUCAUAUCCUCCACGCGAUUUCUCUUCUUUUUCUCCAGCUGUUGUUGAGCCACCGUCAACCGCAGCAGCCACAGCCAGCCCCCAAUUCCCUCAAUCUAAACCCUAACAUCACAGAUUUGAAUCUCCUCCUCAAACUCGGAAUCAUCUCUGCUAGCUAAGAUGUCGCGGCGAGCACUUCCAAUCUUCACGAAGCUCCUCUCCGGCGGCGGAUCCACUACCACGACCCGAUCCGUGACGUACAUGCCCCGACCCGGCGACGGAACCCCGCGCCCCGUCACACUGAUACCUGGCGACGGCGUCGGGCCGCUCGUGACCGGCGCCGUGGAGCAGGUGAUGGAGGCGAUGCACGCGCCGGUCUACUUCGAGAAAUACGAUAUCCAUGGCGAUAUGAAGACCGUGCCGCCGGAGCUGAUCGAGUCGAUUAAGAAGAAUAAGGUCUGUCUCAAGGGCGGACUUAAGACGCCGGUGGGUGGAGGUGUGAGCUCGCUGAACGUGAUGCUGAGGAAGGAGCUCGAUCUCUACGCUUCGCUGGUGCACUGUUUUAACCUUCAGGGGCUUCCGACUCGGCACCAGAACGUCGAUAUCGUCGUGAUCCGGGAGAAUACGGAGGGCGAGUACGCCGGCCUCGAACACGAGGUUGUUCCUGGAGUCGUAGAAAGCUUGAAGGUGAUAACAAAAUUCUGUUCUGAACGAAUUGCAAAAUAUGCGUUUGAGUAUGCUUAUCUCAACAACCGCAAGAAGGUGACUGCUGUGCAUAAAGCAAAUAUUAUGAAACUUGCAGAUGGUUUGUUUUUAGAAUCCUGUCGUGAAAUCGCUAGCAAGUACCCUAGUAUCCAGUACAAUGAGAUGAUUGUGGAUAACUGCUCCAUGCAACUCGUUUCCAAGCCAGAGCAGUUUGAUGUUAUGGUGACUCCAAAUCUCUACGGGAACCUGGUCUCCAAUGUAGCUGCUGGUAUUGCUGGUGGUACUGGUGUCAUGCCUGGAGGGAACGUAGGAGCCGACCACGCCGUUUUUGAGCAAGGUGCUUCUGCGGGUAACGUAGGAAACGAGAAAUUAGUAGAGCAAAAGAAGGCAAAUCCAGUAGCUUUGCUUCUUUCUUCAGCCAUGAUGCUAAGGCACUUGCAAUUCCCUUCGUUUGCUGAUCGACUAGAAACUGCAGUGAAGCGCGUCAUAUCAGAAGGUAAAUACCGGACAAAGGAUCUCGGAGGUAUCAGCACCACCCAAGAAGUUGUGGAUGCUGUCAUUGCAAAUCUCGAAUGAUUUCUCCUGGGAUUGCUGGAGCAGGAAGCCUUACAGCCGCCCUUCUUGUAAUGAUUAUUUACAUUUCAUAUACAAUUGAUUUUUCUGCUGCCCAGAGAAAACUGCGCCCGUUGAGCAAAAUAACGUGAGCCGCCACGACUUGGUAUGAAAGAAGCAAAGAUGAAAAUUGAUGUUUUGUUCCUUCUUUUUGCUUCGUGCCCCUGAAUUGUGGAAUAUAUGAUGUUUCCAAUUUGUGCAGUUUAAAAAACUUACAGUUUCUGGGAUUUGUGCAAAGAUGAUAGAUGCUGUUUUUUUAAAGAUUAGGAUAAUUCAUUUACUAAAAUGAAUGAGAAUUUUAAACUAUUUCAAAGCUCUUGAUGAUUUCCAUUAUUUGAAUUAAUUCUACUUGAUUCAUAUUUCAUUGAAAUGGUGAAAUUAGAAAUAUUCUAGUAAUGAGAAUAAAAAUAAUUAAUCAUAUAUCGUAUCAAUCAUAAAAUGUAAAUGCCUCAAUGUUCAAUGCUCAAACAGAAAAACAUGCCAAUAUCACUCUCAAAACUCUUCCUCAAUGCUCUCCAAAAAAAAAAAGUUACCAACAACGAUUGCCUGUCAAGUUUAAUGUCUUCAAUGCUCUUGAUCUUGUGCUGCAACCAACCAUGAUUGAGCACAAAAGCAAACGAUAUAUAUACACCGUUUUGCACCCUCUACCCCCCCC